AUGAAGGAUGAUCUCGUGGCUUCCAUGAUCAGAUACCUCCCUUUCUUCAUCUGCGGCAGUUACGUUCUCAUCGUCGUGACGGGCUACAGAUUUUGCAAAUACUUGGAGGUAAAGUAUAAGUGGGUUAAAAGGCACUGGAGCUUUCUGAACGCUCUUUCAAGAGAUAUCCAGAAAGUGAAAGACUCAGUUAAAGAAACAAAAAAAAGAGCAAGUGAAUUUGGUGAAUCAGAGCUGAACCUGGAGGGAAUAACUCAACCGUUGCAAGAAAUCGAGACGCAGUGGGUGAGCAAAGCAGGGAACGUGAUUUGGGAAGCCGAGAGAUGUAUUCAAUAUUUUGAGAAUUUAACUGCCAUGAAACGGAUUUCUUACGUUCUCAUCGUCGUGACGGGCUACAGAUUUUGCAAAUACUUGGAGGUAAAGUAUAAGUGGGUUAAAAGGCACUGGAGCUUUCUGAACGCUCUUUCAAGAGAUAUCCAGAAAGUGAAAGACUCAGUUAAAGAAACAAAAAAAAGAGCAAGUGAAUUUGGUGAAUCAGAGCUGAACCUGGAGGGAAUAACUCAACCGUUGCAAGAAAUCGAGACGCAGUGGGUGAGCAAAGCAGGGAACGUGAUUUGGGAAGCCGAGAGAUGUAUUCAAUAUUUUGAGAAUUUAACUGCCAUGAGAACAUUUCUCAACAGCUAUCUUUUUGUCAUCUUGAAUCUGAUUUCCAUAGUUGACCUUACACUUGGCAUGAGGCGAACCACGGAAGAGAUAAACAAGCAUUUUAAGGAGCAGAAAGAAUUAACCAACAAGUUGUGCGGAUUACUGGAGGAGUCGAGGAAUAGACUUAGAGGAUUGCAGGACACUAUUGGCAAGAUCGAGAGCGAAUCACUCGGUUCCAAGGUGCCUUUUAGCCCCACACUGGCUUUGGCUCUAGAGCGGCUCAUCAGCACUCAGCACCAAAACUUGAUACGUGGGGAAUUGGCGGAGCAAUUGCGCUCGACAGUUAUACAAGGCAGGGUUCUACAGGCUUUUGUGAAAGAUUUGCGGUGGUUCAAACUGGAAAGCGAGAUAGAGAAUGCCUGGAUGAAGGAAGCAGAAGAUGUCAUUAAGGAAGCAGAUGAAGAAAUCAACGGCAGUUCGGAGCGGGAAGCGAUGAUAGUAAGGUGGCCUGUUGCUUUUGGUCUCCGUAAUUGGAUGGCAAAGCGUAAGCUCAAGAAAAGCGUAAACUAUUUUGGUAGUAGGUACUCCGAUCUUCUGGAAGCAAAAGACAGAUAUGGUCUUAGAUUUAUCAGAAGAGUCUCGUCGAAACAUGUCCGGCGACGUUUCCAGCGCAUGGAUGAUGAAGUGAUUUCGAUAGUUCUAGACAACAUCCGAAAGCAGGUUCCAACACGUAGUGCAGAAUACUCUCAAGAACCGCAUCGUCGCAUCGGGUCGUUGUGCAAACAGAUGGAGAAUAUCCUACAACUUUUGAAAGAUGAGAAUGAAACUGAAGGCGCAAGGCAUGCUAGAAUGGCUUGCUUCCAUCUACUAAGGAAAACAGCCACCGAAGCACAGGAAUGCAUCAAGAACUACAUGGAAGCAUCACCACCAAAGUUAGUAUUUGAAAUUAACAGAAUCCAUAACGCUGUCGGUCUCCUUCAUAAAACGGUACAAGUGUGCACCAUCCAGGUCAUCGAAGAUUCCUGCUCUGUUGUUGGUCUGGAGGAAGACGUGCAUAAAUUUGUUUCAAAGCUCACUACCAGUACUAACGACGGAAGUGGUGGACAUCCAUCCGUUAUCUCCAUUGUGGGGACCAAAGGGAUUGGUAAGACAACUCUGGCUAAGGAAAUCUGUAAUCAUAGAUCCAUUCUCAACCACUUUAAAGUCUGUUGUUUUAUUUCGUUACCACAUGGAGAUCAGUACUCCAAUGAAACUCUACUUCUCAAAAACAUUAGAGACCAGAUCAUGCAGACACGGGACAAAGGGCGUGAGAAAGAAUAUUUGAUCGAUGAAAUAUGCGGUUUCUUAAAGAAGCAGGCCUGCCUUGUGGUUCUGGACGAUCUUCGGACAAAGCAAGCUUGGAAUGUACUAAAGCAAGCAUUCCCAGAUGACAGCAAGAGUGUUGUUAUUAUCACAACACGCAGCAUAGCAGUAGCUUCACAUGCUAACGCAAGCGGCAACACCAGCAACAUCCAUCGACUUAGGCUACAAACUGGAGAAGAAAGCUGGGAGUUUCUCACCCAGAUGGUCCCUUUCCCUUUUAACAGUAAAGGGAAAAUUAGAUCACUUGCAAAGAAAGUGGUAGCAAGUACCGGAGGCCUGCCACUUGCCAUUCUACGUCUUGGAUAUCUAUUGUCUGGGAAGUGUCUCAAUGAAGCCGAGUUGUCAAGGGUGCUUGAGCGCGAGCAUGGCUCUCACGUACUGUGGGCUGAGACCUGGGACAUCAACAAAGAGCGCUUUCAAUCCUAUCCAAUUCUUGAUAGAUGUUUUUCUUACUCUGAAUUCUUCCCUAGAGACUUUGAAAUUCCCUCGAGGAGAUUAAUUGCUCUAUGGGUUGCUUCAGGGUUGUUUGAAGCAGAAGAAAUUGCAAAUGAUCAAUCGAAACAAGUACAUAGUAGUGGAGAUGCUCUGGAAGAAAAAACUCGGGAAAAUGCUGCUUACAAGUGUCUUCUGGAGUUGGUUGAUCGUAAUAUGAUCCAAGUAGUUGCGAGAAAGCGUAAUGGGAAUGUCAAGACGUGUCGCUUUCCAAGCACUCUAGUAGAAAUUUGGUUCCGCGAGACAAGAAAGAACACGAUUACAGCUCGUUCGUGGUCCCUAUUUUCGAGUUCUGAUGGGCAGCUUGCUUAUCGUUUUGACGACAAGGAUGCAAACUCUGGUCGUAGUGUUCAUGGUCUCAACUCAGAUAUUGUUUUUCCGGAGGAAAAAUAUCCCAAAUCCAUUAUGUUCUUUGAUACGCGAGAAGGAAAUGAGCCCGGUGAAGACAUAGGCAAGUUUCUCCUCAACGGCAUUUCCAGUCGGCGCUUUGAAGAUUUAUGGGUUCUUGAUCUUGAAGGCGUGUUCAGACCUCAAUUGCCAAGCAGCAUAGGGAAAUUAAAGAAGCUCACAUAUUUAGGCCUAAGGUGGACUUACCUAGAAAAUCUUCCAGAAUUCAUAGGUAGCUUGUUGCAACUCGAAACCCUGGAUUUAAAGCAUACAUAUGUGAGGGAGCUCCCUAAUUCCUCUUGGAAACUGAAGAAACUGAAGAACCUCUACUUGAACCAGAGCUGCCGAAUCAAAAUCAUGCAUCAUCGAAGCGCCAUUUCCACAAAAAAUCUGAAGACGUUGUGCGGCGUGUUUGUGGAUCAUGAGCACAGUGAUUUGGCCAUCAAUCUAGGCAAGUUUCAGAGCCUCCAAAAGUUGGGGAUAACAAUAUUCCAGUUGCCGGUAGAGCAGCAAAAGAACUUGGUAAAAGGGAUCGUGGAACUGGCCGACCUAAGAUCUUUGACUUUGAGGUCAAUUGACGAGAAGGGCGAGUCUCAGGAUCUCAAGUUGAAGUCUUUUAAGAAACUUCAGAAGCUCACCAGCCUAUAUUUGUUGGGAAAGCUAGAAAAGCCUGCCAUCAUAAGCACCCUCCCAGAAAGCCUCGUUGAACUUACCUUAUCUGCUUCUGGACUUAAAGAAGACCCCAUGUCAAAGCUAGGGAAGCUUCCAAAGCUUAAAUUUCUGUCUUUCCUCUCCGGUUCUUAUCAGGGAGCAAUCAUGGUUUGCUCCAAAGAGGACUUUCCUCAACUCCUGGUUCUGCAUAUUUGGAAUCUGUCUGAUUUGGAGAAACUCGUUGUGGAGGUUGGAGCCAUGCCAAAGCUGAGGGAGUUUGAGGUCAGAUCAUGCAAAAAAUUAACAUUCACUACUGGGUUAACCAACUUAAAGGUCCUCCAGGUGUUAACCUUGAAAGACGUGCCUGACGAAAACGCCAUCGAGAAUGAGUUCGCUGCAGCGAAGGAGAAUUCUCCGGACGCAAUCGUGUGCUGUCCUAAAAUCAACAGAAACAAAGAGGAAGCUGGUGCAAUGCAAGGUUUAAGUCAUGAUCCCAUCACAGGCUAA